AACGACGAUGCCAUGCAUGCUUUUUCGGCCGCUGCUGCUAUGAUCGAUCCCACAAAUUCUCCACCUAUGAGUACAGCUUGUAACAUGUUUAAGACAUGGGCGCAUCACCUUGAUAACCUAUUUCAUAAUGAAGUGCAUGAAGCUUCUGCUUUAUCGCGUGGGUCACCAGCUAUCAAUUGCUAUUUCGAGGCGGCCAGAAUAGAGAAUGAGACCAGAGCGAGAAAAUACAUUGCCAGGAUACUGUGGACCUCUAAACAUGUGGUUGCAUGCGGAAUAUUUUCUGCUACAGGUUUAGAUCAGGUAUUGAAAGAGCGAGCUAGAUCCAUCAUUCCAUUCAACUGGCUCCCUUGGCUGCCGCAACUCGUGACAGAACUGCAAGAAAGACCCACAUCCGGUUUUAUUUAUGUUGUCGAACGAAUAGCUUCUGCGUACCCAUUGCUGGUUGUCUCUGCACUUCGUCCCGUUCUCGAUGGAGUGAUUUUUGAGAAGGUGAUUGAAUGCGUGUCAAAGAAGCAACCCAUGCUGGUGUUGCCGGAUGAUCAUAAAAGUGCUGCCUUGUGCAAGGUUUUGGAGAAAGCCUGCAGAUCCCGUCUAACUGAUGUCCGGAUGUGGGAUCGACUUUUAUGUGGGUUCUCCAGUAUGCGAGAAUUUUGGGCAGAGAAACAUCUACGGUUUGCCUCUCAGCUGAAGGACGAAAUUUUCAGGUAUCCAAGUGUAUAA